UGGUCGUCAACAGAGCAGCUGCGCUGACUGGAAGAGCCCGCCCACGAUGAGCGGCAGGUUCCUCGCAGCGAGUCUGCGGCCCUUGGCGGCGAGAAACACCUCGGCUGCCACCAACUCGAGCGUCCGUCACUUACAUCGAUUCCCAACCGGUGGCCUGCUGCGUGCAGAUGCCUCGAUACGCGAGACCCGGAGACGCAUGUGGUUUGGCGGCAACGCCUUCCACAACCAAGUCAUCACGCGGAAUGCGUCCUUCGUCCGCUUCCUGCCCAAGCUGGUGCUGAAGUUUGCCAGGAUCCCCGCCAUGUUCGGCGGCCUGGCCAUCGGCGCCUUUGCUUGGGUCCAGUAUCAAGCUACACAGGCUGGCACUUACGCCAUUUCGGUCUUCAACACCACCUUGGACACAGUCACAGGAACGGCAUCCAGUCUGUACGGCACUGCCAAAGACGUAGCGGACCAGACACUCCAGGGAUGGGAAACCACAAAGGAACGGGUCGAGGUGCCCGCUUGGCUGAAGAAGAUGCUGGGAAUGGACGAGAGCGGCGGUUCCGGGGGCGAGGGCGGCCCUGAAGGCGAUCCCAAGCACAGCAGGGUCGGCGCCGCCGCGGCCGUGGGUGCUUCGGCUGCCGCUGUUGGCUACGACAAAUCGGAUGAGGAAGAUCCGCGCGAUUCGCUGCAGAGCUCCAAGGACGAUCAGAUGAUGGUGCUGACGAAGAAGAUGAUCGAGAUUCGGAACAUCCUCCAGAAGGUCGGCCAGUCCAGCUCUCUUACCCUGCCGUCUAUUGUCGUGAUCGGCUCGCAGUCGUCCGGAAAGAGCUCCGUGCUGGAGGCCAUUGUCGGCCACGAAUUUCUGCCAAAGGGCCUCAACAUGGUUACCCGGAGGCCGAUUGAAUUGACCCUGGUCAACACGCCGGACUCGACCGAAGAGUAUGGAGAGUUUCCCGACCUCGGUUUGCGAAAGGUCACCGACUUCUCUUCGAUCCAGCGAACCUUGACGGAGCUGAACAUGGCUGUUUCGGAAGCAGAGUGCGUUUCGCACGACCCUAUUCACCUGACGAUAUACUCACGCAACGUUCCCGACCUGUCCCUCAUUGACCUGCCCGGCUACAUCCAGGUUGUUGGACAGAACCAGCCGUUGCAGCUGAAGCAGAAGAUCUCGGAACUAUGUGACAAAUACAUCCAGCCCCCGAAUGUCAUCCUUGCCAUUUCUGCCGCGGAUGUCGAUCUGGCCAACUCAGCAGCCCUGAGGGCAUCUCGUAGGGUCGAUCCCCGGGGCGAGCGAACCAUUGGCGUCAUCACCAAGCUGGAUUUGGUUGAUCCUGCCCGCGGAGCUGCCAUCCUCAACGACAAACAGUACCCUCUUCGGCUCGGCUACGUUGGGGUGGUGUCGAAAGCGCCGCAGUCGCAGGGCCUUUUCAAGAUGGGCUCUUCAGAUCUUCUCGCCACCAUUGCCAAGAACGAAAAAUCUUACUUCUCGGCACAUCCUCAUGAAUUUGGGCCGGAAGCGGGCGUCAACGUGGGCACCCUGAAUCUCCGAAAGACAUUGAUGCGCGUUCUAGAACAGACCAUGUCCUCCAGCCUGCAGAGCACAAGUGAUGCCAUCAGACAGGAGUUGGAGGAGGCGACCUAUGAGUUCAAGGUUCAGUACAACGACCGCCCGCUCUCCGCCGAGUCUUAUUUGGCCGAGAGUCUGGAUGCCUUCAAGCAUGCCUUCAAACAAUUCACCGAGGAAUUUGGCCGUCCAGAGAUGCACGAGCUGUUGAAGAGCGAGCUCGAUCAGAAAGUGCUGGACCUGUUGGCCGCUCGAUACUGGAACAAGCCGGUGACGGACCUGACGCCUGCACAGCAUGAUCUCGACAACCUCGCCGACCUCCCCAAAGCCGAUCCCGAUUCUCUCUACUGGCGUCGCCAGCUGGACGCAUCAACCUCGGCCCUCACGAAGCUUGGCGUUGGGCGCUUGGCGACGACGGUCAUCGCAUCGUCUCUGCAGGCCCAUGUUGACAAGUUGCUGGCCAACUCGAGCUUUGCGAACCAUCCGUUUGCCAAGAAGGCCAUAACCGAAGCCGCAUCCACCAUUUUGAACGAGAGGUUCUACAGCACCAGUGAUCAGGUCGAAAACUGCAUCAAGCCCUUCAAGUUUGAUAUUGAGGUUGACGAGAGGGAAUGGAGUCAGGGCCGUGAUCAUGUAGUCACUGUGCUGAAGAAGGAGCUGCAAGACUGCGAGGCCGCGCUGGCCAGCCUCGAACCCGCUGUCGGCGGACGGAGGAAGCUGAAGGAGGUCAUGACCUUUGUGGACAAGGCGCGAAAGGGCGACAUCACUGUUGAAGGCGAUGGCCGAAGUGGUGCGGGAGGUUUCAGUGCUGCUCUUCUUGCCAAAGGGAGAGAGGCUGUUUUCCUCCGAGACAGGGCCGACAUCAUCAAGAUGCGGAUGAUGGCCGUCAAAGCCAAGCAAUGCAGCAACCCCAAGAACAAGUACUACUGCCCAGAGGUCUUUCUGGACGCAGCAGCCACGAAGCUGGCUUCCACGGCUGUUCUCUUCCUCAAUGUGGAGCUGCUUUCCGAGUUCUACUACAACUUCCCGCGGGAGCUGGAUCUCCGCCUUGGACGACACCUGUCUCCGGAGGAGGUCGAGAAGUUUGCCAAGGAAGACCCCAAGAUUCGGCGACACCUGGAGGUCAUCCGGAAGAAGGAGCUCCUGGAGUUGGUGCUCGAGAAGAUGGACAGCCUCAGACAACUGGAAGGAAGGGAUAGGGAGCAUGGAUCCCAUGCGAGAAGAGGGGGGCCUAACAAGGACCGUGGACGAUGGGGACUCUUUUAA